GACGAAAUGGGCUGCGUCGAAAUAAUCGCAACAGCGAUUUCCAUCAUUGUUAUGGUACUCACCUUUCCCAUCUCCGUAUUUGUGUGCUUCAAAGUUGUCUCUGAAUAUGAGCGUGCCGUAAUCUUUCGCAUGGGUCGGCUACGCAGUGGUGGCGCUCGUGGUCCUGGCGUCUUCUUCGUGCUACCCUGCGUAGAUGACUAUUGCAAAGUGGAUCUUCGUACAGUUUCGUUUGAUGUGCCACCACAAGAAGUGUUAUCCAAGGAUUCGGUUACUGUGACUGUGGAUGCAGUAGUUUAUUAUCGCAUCAGCGAUCCUCUCAAAGCUGUAAUACAAGUGUCCAAUUAUAGCCACUCAACGCGUUUGCUAGCUGCCACAACACUGCGCAAUGUCCUAGGUACCCGAAAUUUGUCCGAACUGUUGACGGAGCGCGAAACUAUUUCGCAUACAAUGCAAGUAUCGCUAGAUGAAGCAACCGAUCCGUGGGGAGUGAAAGUCGAACGUGUAGAAAUCAAGGACGUAUCUCUACCAACCGCUUUACAGCGCGCCAUGGCAGCCGAAGCCGAGGCAGCUCGGGAGGCGCGCGCAAAAGUGAUCGCGGCUGAAGGUGAAAUGAAGUCAUCGCGGGCAUUGAAGGAAGCUUCAGAGAUUAUUUCUGCGAGCCCAUCAGCAUUACAGGUAAGUAGAGAAUAGGAUGCUUUAUAGUGUUUUAAAACAGCUUUGGGUCCGUAUUCUGGAAAUAAAGCCUAGCCUACGCCCUCAUCUGAACCAACGAUUACUUUGUGAUUGGACGGUUCUAGUCCCGAUUGACCUGUCGAGUUCCGGAGUGCUCGGAGUUAAUUUAAACGGUCUUUCCAAUCGUCACUGCCAGAAACAUCCGCAGUUUUACUGUGGACCGAGGUUAGGCUAGAACUGGACCUGACUGACUUGACUUCGCAAAAAUACCGAGCGUGAAUGCUUCCAAGUUAUUGGGAGUCACGUUCGAUAGCCUUUUCUCCUACUCGGCGCAUACCACCGCCGCAUGAAAUAAACUGCGUACCAGAAAAAUUUUCAAGUCGACAGCCGGCAGAACUUGGGAGCUGAGAAAAGGACCCUGGGCCUGUUAGUGAAAUAACUGUUAUCAGACAACAUAAAAAUAAACGUUGGGCAAUAGCUGUUAUCAAGCAACGUAAAAAAUAAACGUUGGGAAAUAACUCUUAUUGGUGACGGAAAACAUAUUCCUCCUGCAUAACAGUUAUCAGGCAACGUAAAAAGUAAACGUUGGGUUAUAUAUAACUCUUAUCGGCGAAUUAAAAAAUAUUUCUCAUCUUAUAACCGUUAUGGAACAACGUUUUUCCGAUAAGACAUAACUGUUAUGUCCCUGAUAAAAUGAGCUUAUGAAAUAAAUUUCUUUUUUACUUUUCGUAAAUUUCUCAAGUAUCACUGCCACCUCAACAAAUUAUUGUUUUGGCA